AAUACCCCUCGCCGAUCCCCUGUAUUUAAAUCCAAACCCAUCUUCAACUUGCCGCACAUCAGAUUCUUGUACCACUUUCUCUUACCAUUUCUUCUCCAUUUUCUUGUUCAAGUUUUUUGGAGAAAAACAAAAAAGCAAUGGCAGCUUCUGGUUUAUGCUCCACCGCCUUGGUUGGCGUUGUUUUGGCUUUCUUCGCUCUCGCUUUCGCUUCCAUUGCUCAAGCUGAGUCUUCGGCUCCAGCUCCUGCUCCUGCCAGUGAUGGGACCUCGAUUGACCAAGGAAUUGCGUAUGUGCUGAUGCUUCUGGCGUUGGUGCUUACAUAUCUCAUCCAUCCCUUGGACGCAUAUUCUUCCUACUUCUAGAUUGCUUUCAAUUUUAGGGCGUUCAGAUGGAUCUUAACGAUUCUUUUAUAUUUGCAUAUAUUAUUAUUAUUAUAAUUAUUAUUGGUUAUUAGUUGUGGGAUAUUGUGUUACUAUUGAUUUUGAUGGGUUGUGUAUAUUUUUUUGUUCACUUUUCGGUGUUGUUGAGAAAUUCAUUCAAUGGUAUUGCUUUUCUACUUA